AUGGCAUACGAACGUAAGCAUGUCUCGAGGCUUGUGCCUGCAGACCACAAGAUCCUCAUGCCUCUUCUUCUGGCAGUAACUAUCGUGAACUCGGCUACACUGGGUUACGACUCAUCCGUCAUGAAUGGCCUGUUGAUCUUGCCCUCCUACUCCGAAUACUUCCACUUGAACACGGCCACUGAAGGUCUCAACAACGCGGCCAAUUGGAUGGGCAGCAUCUUUGGUGCUUUUCUCAUGGGCCCUAUCCCUGAUCACUUCGGCCGCCGACGUGCAAUCUACAUCGCAUCGAUCGUAACGACAAUCGGCAUCAUCUUACAGGCUGCUGCCCAAAACAUACCCAUGUUCGUGAUCGCCCGUUUCCUGGUAGGCGUUGGAUCUGCUAUCAGCAAUGGCGCUGCGCCAACUCUUCUUGGCGAGCUACUCCCUCCACGUCGACGAGCCCGUGUUCUGGGGUUGUUCUUCUCGUGCUAUUACGUUGGUAGUCUGGCCUCGGCAAUCAUCAACUAUGGAAGUCAAAACAUACAAAGCACAUGGGCUUGGCGACUACCUUCUCUUCUCCAGUUUGUUCCCAGCUUGUUAGCUGUCAUGAUUGUUCCAUUCGUGCCGGAGUCUCCACGAUGGUUGAUCUCUAAGGAUCGCAACGAAGAAGCACUUGAAGUUCUGGUCAUUAUGCAGGGAAAGGACAAGACCGACCUCCAGAGAGGAAGUGAGCAGCUGGAAGAGAUCAGAAGCACAAUCUUGCGUGAAGCACAAGAAUAUCCUCGCAACCCUUGGAGAGAGAUGAUUUCCAGUGGGCCCAACAGGCGCAGACUGGCCAUUCUGUGCAGCUUUGGACCCAUGAUCAACUUGUUUGGUAACUUCAUCAUAUCCUUCUACCUCACCAAGAUCCUAAAUCAGGCCGGCAUAACCAACACGACAACACAAACGCAGAUCCAGGUCAUUAUCAACUGCUGGUCGUUCGCGGUCGCUGUACUCGGUAGUUUCAUGCUGGACAUCCUAGGGCGCAGAUUACAGACCUUCAUCGGUGUUGGCGGCAUGACCGUUACCCUCUUACUCAUCGGGGGUCUCAUCAAGCGUUUUGGUGAAAGCACUAACAAUUCCGCCAUAUAUGGAACUAUUGGCGUCAUUUUCCUCUUCCAAGGCUUCUACGCCUUUUCGAUCACGCCAAUGACGAGCUUGUAUCCAACUGAGGUAUCACCAUUCAAGCUGCGUGCUACAGGCAUUGCUAUCUUCCGCAUGCUUGACUCCAGUGCUGGUCUUCUUGCCUCCUUUGCCAUGGCUUACGCGAUGGCUGAUCUGGGAUGGAAGUUCUACUUUAUCAAUGCUUCAUGGGACUUUAUCUUUCUUAUCAUUGCCUAUUUCACCUUUGUGGAGACGAAGGGCUUGAAACUGGAAGAGAUCAAUGCGAAAUUUGGAGACUCGACCGUGGUGGAGGCUGUGGUAGAAGACUCUGCAUCCAAUGACAUGGGUAAGGAUGAGGACUGGACGGUAAAGACGCAGCCUCAGUAA